AUGGGACCUACUAGGAGCGAUGGCGCCCCCAUGAGCGCUCCUAGGGGCGGUGGCGGCCCUAAGGGCCCUCCCAUAGGCGGAGGCGCCCUUGAGUGCCCGCCCAGGAGCAGCUGGGGCCCUGCCCUGGGCAGCUUGCCCCUACGGGACCUACCAAUGUGUGGCAGCGCCCUCACGAACCCUCCCAAGGGCGGUGGCGCCCUUAGUGGCCCUCCCAGGAACGGCAGAGUCCCCAAGGGCCCUACCAGAGGCGACCCUCCUGGGAGCUCUAUAGCUUGGAGACCUGCUAGGUGCUGGUGCGCCACCAAUGGACCUCACAGGUGCGAUGGCAUCCGCAUGGUCCCUCCCAGGGGCGGUGGCGCCUUCAAGGUUCCUUCCAGAAGAAGUGUCGUCCCGAGGGUGCCUGUCACCGACGAUAGCGCUCCCAGGGGCAGCGGCUCCCACAGCCCGGGCUUUCGAGACCUGCUAGGUGCUGGUGCGCCACCAAUGGACCUCACAGGUGGUAACGCAUCCAUGGUCCUCUGGGACGCCUUCAGGUUCCUUCAGAAGAAGUGUCGUCCGAGGGGCGAUGGCAAGACACGGGAGCCCUCCUGGCGGAGAGCGCCCGCUCCAGGUGCCGUCGGGGAGCAGCUGGGGCCCUGCCCUGGGCAGCUUGUCCCUACGGGACCUACCAGGGGUGGCAGCGCCCUCACGAACUCUCCCAAGGGCGGUGGCGCCCUUAGUGGCCCUCACAGGAACGGCAGAGUCCCCAAGGGCCCUAACAGAGGCGACCCUCUUGGGAGCUCUGUAGCUUGGAGACCUGCUAGGUGCUGGUGUGCCACCAAUGGACCUCACAGGUGUGGGGGCGCCGUCAGGGGCCCUCCCAGGGCUGUCGGCGCCCCCAAGGACCUUUCCAGUUCCGGCGGCAUCCCUAGGUGCCUUCUAAGAGGCUGCAGCGCCCCCAGGGCCCUCCCAGGAGUGGUGGUGCCUCCAGGAAAACUCCCUGGGGUGGUGUCGCCCACAAUUGCCCUCCCAAGGGCAGUGGUGCCCACAGAGGCCCUCUGA